AUGGCUGAUUCCUUGAACAUGAACGGACUCUCUCUAAACGAAUCCAAGCACGCUCCUGGCGGUCAGAUGCCGGCUCGUGCGUACAUCCCACCUCACCUCCGUGGCCAGAGUGCUCGUGGACCUCCAGUGAUGGGUAUGGACGGAGCAGGUGCUGCGCCUGCGCCUGCGCCUGCACCUGCACCUAACGCUGGGAACCAAGGUUUGAAUGGAAGUGCCUGGGCUACCAACACGUAUGUGAAAGAAAAUCCUGAAGAUAGCCAAGUUAUACUUACAAAACUCAGUCAAAACAAUGGCAGCUGGGCAGCGGCUCCUGAUUUCAAGCCUGGUCCUGGCGCCCCCGCUCCUGCGUCUGCCCCUGGUCCUGCUCCUCAAGCAAAUGGCUGGGGUGCGGGUCACAAUCCUCGUCCCUUCAACCCGAACGCCUAUGGUGCUCCCGGUGGUGGCCAUGGUGGUGGUCACGGCGGCGGCUACGCUGGAAACUACGGUGGCAACUCUGCCCGUGGUUCAGGAGACGGACAAUGGCGAGAUGGUCAACACAUUGCAGGCCCUCCAAACCCCAAAAUCGAACGUGAACUGUUUGGCACUCCAAACGACCCGACCAAGGCUCAAACUGGAAUCAACUUUGCCAACUACGACGACAUCCCUGUAGAGGCUAGUGGUCACGAUGUCCCGGAACCGGUCAAUGCGUUCACCAAUCCUCCUCUCGAUGAUCAUCUCCUGGGCAAUAUCAAGCUCGCACGAUACACCACACCGACACCUGUGCAGAAGUACUCUAUUCCCAUCGUCAUGGGUGGCCGAGACCUCAUGGCUUGUGCCCAGACUGGUUCUGGCAAAACUGGUGGUUUCUUGUUCCCCAUCCUCUCCCAGGCUUUUCAGAAUGGCCCAUCUGUCACACCCGCAAGUGGAGGUGGCUUCCGCCAACGCAAGGCUUUCCCGACGUCUUUGAUCUUGGCCCCCACUCGUGAAUUGGUCUCCCAGAUCUACGACGAGGCGCGAAAAUUCGCUUAUCGUUCCUGGGUCAGACCCUGCGUGGUUUACGGUGGUGCCGACAUCGGUACUCAACUUCGCUCUAUUGAACGAGGUUGUGACUUGCUUGUUGCUACUCCAGGCCGUCUUGUCGACCUCAUAGAGCGAGGCCGCAUCUCCCUGGCAAACAUCAAGUACUUGGUUCUCGACGAGGCCGAUCGUAUGCUUGACAUGGGUUUCGAACCCCAGAUUCGUCGCAUUGUGGAGGGCGAGGAUAUGCCUUCAGUCCAGAACCGCCAAACUCUCAUGUUUUCGGCCACUUUCCCGCGCGAUAUUCAGAUGUUGGCGAGAGAUUUCCUCAAGGACUACGUCUUCUUGUCAGUCGGCCGAGUGGGUUCUACGUCGGAGAACAUCACCCAGAAAGUUGAAUAUGUCGAAGACAACGACAAGCGCUCCGUCUUACUCGACAUCCUUCACACUCACCGUAACGGUCUCACCCUGAUCUUCGUGGAGACUAAACGCAUGGCUGAUACCUUGUCCGACUUCUUGAUCAACCAAGGCUUCCCAGCUACUGCAAUCCACGGUGAUCGCACUCAACGUGAGCGUGAGAGAGCAUUGGAAUUCUUCCGAAAUGGCAGAUGCCCAAUCAUGGUUGCUACAGCUGUUGCCGCUAGAGGAUUGGACAUCCCGCACGUGACUCAUGUCAUCAACUACGACCUUCCGACUGACAUUGACGACUAUGUGCACCGAAUUGGUCGUACCGGUCGUGCUGGAAAUACCGGUCUGUCGACUGCCUUCUUCAACCGCGGCAACCGUGGCAUUGUUCGUGAUCUCAUUGAGCUUCUCAAAGAGGCAAACCAAGAGGUUCCUGGCUUCUUGGAAAACAUUGCUCGUGAAAGUUCUGGUUUCGGCGGUGGCCGUGGCGGGCGUGGUCGUGGGGGUGCUGGCCGUGGUGCUUCUUCUACUCGUGACAUGCGUCGCGUUGGCGGUGGGAUGGGCGGCGGUCCUCCUUCCUACAGCGGCGGCUAUGGCGGCAGCAACUACGGCGGCGGUAGUAGUGGUGGCUAUUCUGGUGGGGCACCAUAUGGUGGUGGGGCCUAUGGCGGCGGAUACAGCAGUGGCGGUGGAGGCAGCUAUGGCAACCCAGGAGGUGCCACAGGCCCUUCUUCGUGGUGGUAA